AUGGUAUACCCUCUGUUACUGCUGCAUGGAUCCAACUGUGAGGUAUUACACGCAUCCAAUUCGCAUAGAAGUGUUAUCCGUGGGGUUAGAAUACAUCAAAAUCAAGACCAAGACCUAAUAGCACCACGGCAAUUAUUGGAGCAACAAGGUGGACGCCAUGAGUUCACCGUCUAUCAAUUCGAGGUGUCAGGGUCUCAGGUUAUGAGAGCAGGGCCAUCGGAUGCGCCAUCAGAGAUACCCUCCAUCUCUCCUUCGUCUCCUCCGUCAAUAGCCCCAACAUCAGCAACGCCUAGAACAAGCCCGUUUCUGAAGGGAGAAGCAUUAGAAGCUGAGGACAUGAGCUCGUCUCCCAGUUCUGGUCCCACAAAGCAACUUGUCUUUACUGAUUCAGGAUACUAUCCCCUGCCAGAAGAAACCCUUCAGAUUGAAAACAGAGAACCAGGAGACUCGCAAACACAGCCAGGCAGUGGUGCUGACACUGAGAUAGAGAAUGAAUAUUGGCAACAGAAUCCGGGAUCCCCGCCAGAUCAAUCUACUAAUGAACAAGAAGAGGAAUCCGAUCACUUCGUUCCCGUAGAAGGAAAUGAAGUCACUUCCCAGGCUGCCAUCAAGCCAACUUACUACUAUGUGGAUCUGAGGCCUUUCUCAGUCUUUGUGGAUGCCAGUAGAGACUUGACCACCGAUUUAGGCAUUCCUCUCUAUUUGCUGAUUGAAAUGCAAACGACGCUGCAGAAUAUCGUGGAUGUCAAGAUAUCCAACUUGACCAUUCAAAUGGGGGUUGUCAUGAACGACCACAAACAUCCAGAAAUAAGAGGCAGGAACGCAGAUCCCACCCAUUAUCACUGGAACCAACUCUUCUUCCACGGCAUGGCGCAGUUUGAAGACAGUGUGGUUUAUCCAGCCGUGACGGUGCAAAAUGUCCAGUCACUGGUCCUGAGUAAUGAAGCCAACUUGCAAGAAUUCUGGGAUACUCAGGGGCAGGGAGAGACCUAUCAAAACCUGGAACUGAAGAACAUCACCAUGCUACCAUUCCCAGACGAGACUCCAACACCAGCGCCGACGCCUGUUCCAUCAACAGUUCUUACACAAGACCAAUCUACCAACACUAGUUCAAGUCAAAGCCAGUCGGAGAACACAGAGCCAGAGGAGGAGCGAUCUUCCAAUGUCUGGGUGAUGGUCCCACUGGUGAUUGUCUUUCUCUUGAUUUGUUUCUGCAUCAUCCUCUUGUGCGGGCGACUUCAAUAUCUGGCCAACAGAGCACAAGACAAAUACAAUGAAAAGUAUGGGUUGGACUACAAUGUGUACGGUGACCGAGAUUUGGGGAAAGAUAUCUUCAAGGAAGAAUACCUGAACUCGGAGCAUGAUCACGAGCACUCCAAUAACGGGCUAUCCGACAGUCUUCGAUCGAUCGACUUCCUAACACGCCCCAUCAGCUCGAUCAAGUCGUCGGUUCGACGAAGCUCCAACAAGGUCACCAUCAAGGCGCCAAGCAAUGACGAGGCAUCGACAGAGCCGGAGGAUGAUGAAUUGCACGUGAGCUUCCAAACGCAGGAAGCCAAACACGUAGCACCGACAACGACACCAAACAGUUCUCAGGUCAGCCACAACGCGCCGAUGGCCAUGCUGGCUGCUGCUCUUCCAUCACAGAACAGUAACAGAAGUAUAUCCGAAUCGACCUCACAGCAAGGGUCGCAAAGGGAGAUGUUCUCGGAUGAAUUGGGUAAUGAUCAGGGAUUGGCCCCGCCUGCAGUCCCUGAGCCCGAGCCGCCUGAACCUGAACCCGAGCCAGAGCCCGAUAUUGUAGUGACGACAUUAGCUGCUGCGGAUGGCUUGCUGCAAGGCUCCAGAACUAGAGUGGUCAAUGAGGGUAACCUCUUGAAUUUGUCAGACCACGAGCAGACACCCACUCCGCCACCGUUGCCACGUUCAGUGGACAUAGAUGCCGAGCUUGCGAGAAGAGCAGUGGUGAGUGAGACACCAACGAGAGACAACAGAAGCCCUAUGUUGAUUGAUUUGGCUGGAAACGAAAUCAGCAGGAGCAACGGAAGCAUUGGAAGCGGCAGCGGCGACUCAUCGAAUUACUCAUCGAGUUACAAACGCAGAGGCAGCAAGAGUGGGACGGGGAACUCCAGCUGGAGGGGAGGCGGCGGCACACGCAGCAGCUUCAAAAGCAUGGGCUCUUUCGUGACAGCGCUUGGCAGUGGGGACGACAAGAGCGGCGUCAUGGGGAAUUCCAGCGAAAGGAGGAGUACCAGAAGCAAUCGCAGCAUUCGAAGCGACAGUUCGACGACUUCCUUUUAUUCCGCUCAAGGUGAUCUUGUCUAA